AUGGGAGCUUCUCCUACUCCCAGUUCCAGUGCCCAAGCCACCGUUUGCGGCAAACUUUCAGACAUCUUGCCUUUUGCAAGUCCAGAAUUCAAAGAUUCUUGCCAGGGCUUGAGUUUUGGUCAAUCGUGCUCCGUGUUGUGUGAGACGGGUUGGGACAUUGAUGGAGAUGCAAUCACGAUGCUAUGCAAUAACACUCCUGCUCAGAGUGCAGGGUAUGGGACAGGGGGCUUGCCCGCCGUCAACUCUACUCCACCAACUUGCGUUGCCAAACCUUGCGCAGCUCGUCUUCCAAACAUUCGAGGUGCUACUCACAACUGCGAAAACAAAACCACUUUGCAGACCUGCACAGUGGAUGCGGCCUUGGGCUUCACCAGUGAUGGAGUAGCGACACUCCAGUGUGGCACUGAUGGUGAAUUCAAGGGCAGUUUUCCAAGCAUCGAAGCAGCAGUCUGUCCCACACCGACCUUUGGCAUCGGCGUUGCCAGCACAUGCGCCAACAAGACAAUUGGAGCAGAGUGCUGGGCCUAUUGUGUCUCAGGAUACACCGGAAGCUCACAGGCUUACAGCUGCGUUGCUGACUCGAACGCAGGGGGCGCGGCCCUAGCGCCCGUUGGCUCAGCAAUCAGCUGCUCUGCUCGACGGCUUGUGGAUUUCAAUCCAAGCGACGCCACUGCCCGGCGACUGGUUGGCGCAGGCUGUGGCGAGCCAGCAGUGGCCGCAUUCGGAUUGACGAAUGCAUAUGAGCACAGUUGCGCAACUGUGGCGGAUACGGAAAUUUGCAUCUGCCAUUGCAACUUUGGUUGGGCUUUGAGCGGAGAUGCUUCCCUGCUGACAUGCCAAGACGGAGUGCUGACAGGGAGUCUGCCGAGCUGCUCUCCUGUGGCUUGUACUUACAACCUGCCAAGCGCAUUGGGAGUUACACACAAUUGUUCUGGCGUCACCACAGGAGGGAGUUGUUCAGCAACAUGUGGGGCCCCUGGUUUUGCCAACAGCGGGUCUGGGCCAGAAGUCUUCGAGUGCCUAGCAACAGGAGAAUUCCAAGGACAGGACCCCAGCUGCGCUCCUGCACCAUGUGAGAAUUUGACGCUGGCAUCCCAAUUUGAGCACAAUUGUCGCGGCAUGGUUUUCCAAGAUGCGUGUGCUGUUUCUUGCGCAGAAGGCUACUCGCUCACUGGGCCUCCUUCGCAGUACAUUUGUGGGGCAAACGCAAUCGUUGAGGGCGCAUUGCCAACCUGCGCGGCAAACCCUUGCUCUCAUACCAUGUCCGGGGAAGUUUUUCAGUCCGAUUCUUGCAAUGGUGUGACUACGGGUAGCUCUUGCACCGUUUCUUGCCAGCAAGGCAUGAUUCCAAAUUCAGGAGAGAUGACUUGUCAUUCCAGCGGUUUGUUGGUGGGAACGCUUCCUCUCUGCCUACCUGCUCAAUGUCCACAGACCCCGGCCCUUGGAGCACCGGCCGUAGCUCACAACUGCGAAAACGCAUCCUUUGGGCAAAGUUGCAGCGUCUACUGUGCCACCGGUUACAAACUGACGCAAGGAAAAGGGGAACUUUGGCACUGCGACCUGGUGAAUGGAAGCCUUGCUCUGACAGGCUCCUUACCCACUUGUGAGGCUUUGACUUGCUCGAUCGACUUGAACCCAAGCGACUCAUGGACCGACAAUUGCAGUGCUGAACUUGAAGUGGGUGAGUCUUGUAUUCAGAGCUGUCGAAAGGGCUAUAUGCAAAAUGGGUCGGCUGAGAGCAUCUUGUGCAAUUCGGAUCUCACAGUUGGGGGAAGACGCCCCCAAUGCCAAAGUGUGGUGUGUGACACAGAGCAGUUGAACGGCCAAUUCCAAUUUUUGCAGCAUUCUUGCGACGGUGUAACUGCAGACCGAAGCUGCUUUGCGUUCUGCCGUGUGGGUUUCGUUGCUGAACAAGGUGCUGUUGAAUGGAUUUGCGCUGACGGUGGAAGCGCUGCCUUGACUGAGCCAGUCAACGGAUUCGCUUUGCGAGGGGUCAUUCCUUCUUGUGUGGCGCAGGUCUGCAAAUACAACAUUCCGGCAGGAGACCCAAGCAUCUCCCACAAUUGCACAAAUGUUUCAACGGACGAAACCUGCAUUGUCUCUUGCGCUGAUGGAUGGCUUCCAAGAAGCCCUGAGACAGGCUUUGAGACAAUGUACACAUGCGGUAGUGAUCGCGUGCUGAAUGGGAAACCGUUGUCAUGCACAAAGGGGACAACCUCGGUCGCUUCAGUUGCAUUAUCCACUACCAGGACGACCACAACGACGUGGACGGUCUUCUUGCGGGGAGCUGUGAAACUACAGCCACUCCAGAAGUGGCCGCUCACAUUCAAACAUAACUACUUGCUUCAAUACUUCGUCUCUGACCCAGAUGUCAAACCAGCUCUCGCCACAGCCAUUGCCUCCGCCCUCAAUGUCAGUGUUCAUUCUAUUGAGUUGAACGUCACCAUUUUAGCUGCUGAUAUAAGAAAUGCAGGACGCCGUCUCAGCGAAAAUGACACGAAAGACAUGAUCUUGGUUGAAUAUGCUUGUAGCCGUUCUUUCCCGUCGCUGGCUCUUGCAACGGACUGGGCAAGCCGAGAAAUCUCGCUGGAGGAAGUGGAGGCUUCGAUCAAUGAGAACUUGGCCAGCGGGCUUUUUCAAGCUCAGGUUCUUGGUUUUGAACUUGAGAUUAGUGGGCUGCCAGUGGUUUCAGAGCCUUCCGAACCAAGCGCUCUUUGGGUCUUGCCGUUUGCCGCCUUGCUUUUUCUUUGCUUCAGCUUCGUCGUUGGCUCGCUUUGCUACGCCCACUUGUGCCGUGGGAAAGAAGCGGCAGCAGCGACUGCAAUUGAUGAGGAACAAGGAAAAACAACCCUGACAGAAGAGAAUGGUAAUGCUAACGCAGGGGCCAUAGUGGUCCUGGAGGCAGCCCAGGUGGGCGAAGUUCGAGCGGGCGAGGUGGCUGCUGUGGUUACAGAAGACUUGGAAGUCAUGUUGCAGGAGGUGGGUGUUGGCUUCGAUGGCAGCAGCGAGUCCGAUGAGGAGCUGAAUGAAGUGGUUGAAGCAGCAAUGGACGGCCUUGGCUUCGUUGACUGA